GGCUUUUGCGCGGCCGGGGUUGCGUGUUUGCUGAACGUUUCGUUCUGUCCUCGGUUUUUAAAAAGGGGCAUGCAUAUUUUUUUUUUUUAAAAAAAACACAUAACUUGAAAUGAGUUUUUUCCCCCCCUCCCUUUCUUCCGCUUGCUUGCUUGCUAUCCUGAGUAAAGCUCACGUGGACAAAUUGCAGGCGCGCUUGUUAGGAUCGGGCGCAAACCCUCCCCUCCCAACCCCGGGGGGGCUGCAUUCACACAACCUGGAUAAGCAAACCCCGGGGGUUGCAUUGGCAACCAGCUGCAAACCUUGGUUAGUUCUAGGGCAGAUUUAGCCUGCUGGGUAUGCAUGCAAUCCAUCUGUAAAUGCAAAUUUGGUUAGGUUUUUUUUUUAUGCUUUUGGAUCCCCAGAAACAAGGGCGUCUUGUGUGAAUUGGGCCCGAGUUGCGGGAUCAUGAUUGCUAAAGGCGGGGAUCGGGAGAAGAUCCGCAGCUGUGUGAUUACAAAGAUCAAAUUCCAAGAAAUCCUCAUGACAUUAUGCUGCUCUUAUUCUGCAACUUAACCCCAGGAUCCUAUAGUCGCCUCGUUCUGGUUUCCUAGCAUGUGGGACUACAACUCCCAGUAUUCCCAACCAGCGAGUUGAAAGCCAUGACCCCAAAAACAUACAUGAUUGGUAAAAAAAGUCAUGUUUGAUUAAUUUUGCAAAUCAUCCAAAGGAUUUUGGUUGCAUAGAAAAUGGAAGAAAACUAGAAAUAUCCAGCUUUGGCUUUCUUGGAAGAGAAAACUAAGAUAGGAAUUAAGAGUCAUCUGGAGUGGGAACUGGGAAGAGAGGCUGUGAUUACAAGCUGUAAUGUGGCUUGUUGAUCCAGCCACCAGGGUUUGACAUGAUUUAGGAGAUUUAGCUGGCUGUAAUUGAACAAACCUAGGUUUAGCAGGAUGUAUAAGUUUUGACCUGUCUGUCAUUGAACAAACCAAGGUUUAGCAUAAGUUUUACCUGUCUGUAAUUGAACAAACCAAGGUUUAGCAGGAUGUAUAAGCUCUGCCACAGACUGUACACACAACUGGCGGGGGAGGCCAAGAGGAAGACUUGUUCAGGGAUGGGUUACCUUGCUGCCUCUGGCUGCAUUCACACAAGAGCUUCAUUUAGUUUCUGGACCAGGCUAAAAACCAAGAAACAAUCAGUUUCACCUUAGGCAUGAAAACCAGUUGGAGGAACCUUCUUCUUUCUGUGCCCGACCCACCUCACAGGGUUGUUGUAGGGAAAAGAGUAGGAAGGAGCAUUAGGUAUACAGGUAAUCCUCGACGUUCGGCCACAAUUGAGCCCAAAAUAUAAGUUGCUAGGUGAGACAUUUACUAAGUGAAUUUUGCCCCAUUUUACGACCUUUCUUGCCACAGUUGUUAAGCGAAUCACAGAAGUUCUUACGUUAGUCACACGGUCAUUAAGUAAAUCUGCCUUCCCUCCCCCCCCCCCUUUUGACUUUGCUGGUGAGAAGGUCGCAAAAGGGGACCUCGGGACACUGCAACCCGUCAUAAGAACGAACUAGUUGUCCAGCAUCCAUAUAUAUCCCAUGACCACGGGGCUCAUGCUGCAACGGUCGUAAGUUUGAAAAAGGGUCACGAGUCGCUUUUUCCAGUGCCAUGGCAACUUCCGAUGGUCGGAAACUGUUGUAAGUCGAGGACCAGCUGUAUUCAAUGCCUUUUGAGUUAUUUAUAUUUUUUUUUAACAAAAAAGGCAAGAAAGAGGUUAGCCAAAAAAAAAAAAAAAUCCCAACCAGAAACCAAACCAAAAAAAGCACCUUCCCCCCAACCUCCAGAUGCGCAGAAGCGGCUGACCCGGGUUCAGGCAGGUUGUGUGAAGGCAGCCAAGGGAAAGCUGCUUCCGUCACAGCUACCUCAUCGCCUGCCUGCCUCUCUCUGCUGAGAGAGAAAAUAACGGGAAGGUGCCCAUUGGCCGAGCGCGGCGGAGCCUCCCUGUGGCUUGCCGGGUUUUAAGCCUCGCUUUCUCCUGGCUCCGGCUCUGGAAGGGAUGCGGUGGGGCGCUGCGCCCGGCUCCCCGCGGGGACAGCAUGACCCGGCGCGAUCGGCUCAUGAAGGGAAGACCCCAGAGGCAGCCUGAAGCCGGCACUGAUUCCCGGCCGGGUUAUAUUCUCACCCGACCAACCCUUGUCCUCAUGCUGGAAAGGGGGGAAAAGCCCUGCGUGAGCAAUAGCAAGAACGGAGUGGGGAGCAACCCGCUGAGUAGCAGUGUCACAGAUUCUCAGGCCUUGAAAGAGAACACCAAAUCACCUUCGCCCUCGACUCUGUCUUCCCCACCCGCCACGGAGUCUCCCAAGCCACCCCGUCCCCGCCGGCGGCGGCCUCCCGCUGUCUUGCCUUCCGAUCGUCCCUAUCAAUGCAAAGACUGUGGCAAGCGCUUUGUCUACCGCUCCAAACUGGCCACCCACCAAUGGACUCAUUGCGCCGAGCGCCCCUAUAAAUGCCCCGACUGCCCCAAGAGUUUUAGCUAUCCGUCCAAGUUGGCCGCCCACCGACGUACGCACACUGGGGAGCGCCCCUUCCCCUGCUCUCUGUGCCCCAAGCGCUUCGGACAUCGCUCCAAGCUGGCCGCCCACCAGUGGAUUCACACGCCGGAGCGCCCGUAUAAAUGUGCCGAUUGCCCCAAGAGCUUCUGCUAUCCUUCCAAGCUGGCUGCCCACCGCCGCACGCACACGGGGCAGCGGCCGUACCCCUGCAGCCGCUGCGGGAAGAGUUUUUGCUACCCUUCCAAACUGGCUGCUCAUCAACAGAUCCACGCGGCCACCGCAGCGGGGCGGCCUUACCCGUGUAUGCGCUGCAGCAAGAGCUUCCGGCAGCUGCGCAACCUCACCCUUCACCAACGGGUGCACGAGGAUGGAGAAGCAGGCGAUGACUUAGCCCAGGACAAAAGCCACAGCAGUGGAGACAGGCCCUAAGUUGGAACCGCUGGGCUCUGCGAGGGCGCAGGGAGAAACUUGGAUAAUUUGAAAACUUGGUAGCUGUGGGAUCGUUGUAAAUAAUGGAAAGUUAUGGUGGAGCUCAGGGUUGCACCGUAACCUCCAGCAACCCAUAACUUCUCUGUUCUCGGCUUUGAUGGCAAAACUGCCGCAGGACAGGCUCCCCCUCAAGAGGCCAAGUUGUGCACGCCAUGCUGAACGCUGUUCUGGUAACCUUGUUUCUGCAGUGACCGAUGGCCUAUUCUACCACCUGGUUUAAGUUAUGCAGACUUCUGCACCUUCGCGAUUUGUUUUGCUUCAGUUUUAACCUUCCGGUUCGCACCAGACACAAUCCUGGUCCCUCCAUUGUCCACGUCAGUUCCGUGCCAACAAAACAAAAAAAACCCCACCAUUGAGAUUCCCACACUAAUUGCAUUUAGAGAAUGCCUGCACCAGAGCAGAACCUGUUGUGUGUUUUGCACAAAAGGAGAAAUCUCUGUCUGUGGCCGUGUAUAGUUUUGUUUUAUGCUCAACUGGUGCAUGCUUGUGUCAGAAUGUGGAACUCAGCAUACCUGUCAUCCAAGGGUCUAUAACUUGUAUCUUCACUGUGCAUUAUACAGGGGGCUACGUUGCAGCUGCCUUGACCAGUCAACCUUUUGGCCGUGGAAAUCGGGAGGUUUAAUAUGCAUGAACUGAGCACAUCAUAUUGGACAGGAGUUGUGUCUACUUUAAAGAAGAAAUCUCUUUGAUUUUUUUUGUUUUACAAAACAAAAGCGGAGUCUGACAACGUGUCAAUUGGUGAAAUCCACCAGUGGGAUCACUUAAGGCACAAAUCCCAGGAAAGAGUAGGCAACAUUUAUGUUUUAAAGGGGUUGUAGAAGCAAGAAAAAUCGGCAAAUUCACGCCACCGUCUAGGUUUGUCGUUUACACGUUGCAUCAAAAGAUGCCUCAGGCCACUUCAGGAUUAGUGUGGGUAGUGUAUUAAGGGUGAAGCAAAUGCAUCGGUAGCACGAAUAGAAAGCAGAUUUUACACAUGAAUUUCUCGGGCUAAAAGGGACUGUAUAAUUUUAUUUUCACCAUGUACUACACACAAUUUUAUAGCCUGCUUCCUUGUUAACUCCUAUGUGUUUGGUUUACUUGUACCACAUGCCUAAAGACACCGAAAGUUUC